GAGAGAGAGAGGGUGUGCAUGUGUGUGUGUGUGUGUUAGAGAGAGAGAGAGAGAGAGAGUGUGUGUGUGUGCGUGAGACCGACAGAGAGAGAGAGAGAGAGAGAGAGUGUGUGUGCGUGAGACCGAGAGAGAGAGAGAGAGAGAGAGUGUGUGUGUGUGCGUGUGUGUGAUUUGGAACACGCCCCGCACUUGGUAACAGGGAUGAACGUCAUGGGUUUCCAGUGUCAUCUUAGUUUGCAGAAAAUAUCCAUCUAACUUUAUUAGCGAGUCUGUGAAUAGAGCUGUAGAAACACGGGACCAUGUCUGGAGACAGGGGGUCUGAAAAUAACACACAGGAAACACAUGAAGGUGGGAAGAAUAAUGGAAAACAUAAAGGCCUGGAGGGUGACGCAAGCCUGCAGUUCCUGACAAAAGGAGCCGAGUUGAUCAAGGUGAAAUCCAACAAAUGGAAGAAGAAGCGCUUCUACAAGCUGAUGGAGGACGGCCAUACCGUGUGGAAAGAGUCGCGCAAGGGCAUCAGGAAAGAUCACACCUUCUCCAUCGAUGACAUCGAUUCGGUGCGUCUCGGCCGCCAGUCCGAAGGCUUGCGGAAGUACACGGACAAAGCGGUGGAGGAUCGGUGCUUCUCCAUCAUCUUCAAAGGCAAACGCAGCAAUCUCGACCUGAUCGCUACCAGCAAAGACGACGCCAGGAAGUGGGUGACGGGGCUGGAGAAGGUCAUCGCCAACAUGCAAAACCUCAAUUCUCAACAGAAAAGCGAACACUGGAUCAUCAGCUGCAUGCAGAAAGCCGACAAAAACCACGACAACAAGAUGACCCUGAAGGAAACCAAGCAGUUCUUGCGCCAGAUCAACGUCGAGGUGAACGACAUGUACGCCGCCAUGUUGUUUGAGAAAUGUGACACAUCGAGGUCAGGAACUCUGGAGGGAGAGGAGAUCAAGCUUUUCUAUGAGCUGCUAACGAAACGUGACGAAAUCGACGUCAUCUAUGGGAAGUACGCGAAAACCGGUGGUCAGAUGAGUGCCAACGAUCUGCUAACCUUCCUGCAGCAGGAGCAGAAGGAGGCUGCGUCUCUGGACGACGCGCUCAAGCUUAUAGACAAAUACGAGCCAGAUCUUACAGCCAAGCAGAAUAAGUACAUGACCAAAGACGGCUUCCUGAGGUAUCUGACCCAUUUGGAAGGUCUGAUCCUGAACCCUGCCCACAUCGGUGUAUAUCAGGACAUGAGGCAACCACUCAAUCAUUACUUCAUCUCCUCCUCCCAUAACACCUACCUGAUGGAGGACCAGCUCAAAGGACCGAGCAGUAUCGAGGCCUACAUCAGAGCGCUGUUAAAGAGCUGCCGCUGUGUGGAGCUGGACUGCUGGGAUGGACCCAACGGUGAGCCCAUCAUCUAUCACGGACACACGCUCACGUCCAAGGUGCUGUUCAAGGACGUCAUCGAGGUGAUCAAGGAGUCCGCUUUUAAAACGUCUCAGUAUCCCGUAAUCCUGUCUUUGGAGAACCACUGCUCAGUGGAACAGCAGAAAGUCAUGGCUCGCCACAUGACCUCCAUCCUGGGCAGCGCUCUUCUCACUCGCCCGCUGGGGAAAGAGGUUCCCACCUGCUUGCCAUCGCCUGAGGAUUUAAAGGGGCGGAUCCUGGUGAAAGGUAAACGCCUAAACAAGCUGGACGUGGCGUUUAACAACAACACGGAUGACGCGGACUGCGUGUCUGAAGAAGAUGAAUCCGCCGAAGCCAAACAGGGGGAACAGGAGACCAAAACGAAGAAAAAAAAGAUCCAGCUCGCUAAAGAGCUAUCCGACCUGGUGAUCUACUGCAAGAGCGUUCACUUCAACAGCUUCGAGCAUUCGCGUGAGAGGCAGGCCUGCUACGAGAUGGCGUCCUUCAAGGAAAGCAAAGCCAAGAACCUGGCAGAAAAUUCAGCUACUGAAUACAUUACCCACAACAUGGACAAGCUGAGCAGGAUUUACCCCGCGGGCACACGGACAGACUCGUCCAACUACAAUCCUGUGACCAUGUGGAACGCAGGCUGCCAAAUCGUGGCUCUGAACUUCCAAACAUACGGCAAGGAGAUGGAUUUGAACCAAGGACGAUUCCUCCCUAAUGGGAAGUGCGGCUACAUCCUGAAGCCUGAAUUCAUGAGGAAGCCGGGGUCUCGGUUUAACCCUAACAUGCUCACGCAAGGACCCUGGUUGAAGAAGAAGAUCCUGCACGUCAUGGUCAUCUCAGCACAGCAGCUUCCCAAACUCAACAAGGAUAAACCCAAAUCCAUAGUGGACCCGUAUGUCAGGGUGGAUAUCUUCGGAGUGCCGACAGACCGAGCCAGCUCACAGACGCAGUACAUCACAGACAACGGCUUCAAUCCGUCGUGGAACGCAAGGUUCGAUUUCACCAUUCAGGUGCCGGAGUUGGCCAUCGUGCGCUUCCUGGUGGAGGAUUACGACACUGCAUCACACAACGACUUCAUUGGCCAGUACACACUACCUUUUACCAGCAUGCAGAAUGGAUACCGUCACAUUCCCCUGCUCACGAAAAACGGCGACGUCAUCCCUUCAGCAAAACUGUUCGUCCACCUCAUGGUCCUGGACGCCUGAAGUCAGUGCAGGGGUUAAAGGAGACGUCACAGAAAACUCUCCGAUUAUAUAUUUCUCUAGAAUGUGGAGGAAAUGGUCACUGUCUAAACCUUUCCUUGUAAAAAGAGACACUAUCUGUUGGCUCCUUAAGAAAUGACCAUUUCUAAUGCUGUUAUUUUCUAUUAACUACAAAUGUAAAAAUGUAGGUGUGUGUGUGUGUGUGUGUGUGUGUGAUAGAAAUCAGGUUUUAAUGAAACUGUUUUUAAAGUGAUCCCACAUCACAACACUGUCUAUAAAUAUUUCUAUUUUUUUUUUUUAACCAGGAUAAA